AUGGGCUCAAAGAAAUGGAUGAGUGGGAGGAUAAUCCUUGUUGAUGUAAAGUCCUUCAUGAUUGAUCAGGUUCUCCAAGGACAACUACAGAUUACAGGACAAAUCGAGGCCCAAGAUUUUGAUAAGGAUAACGCCUGCAUAGUUAGACGAAGAAAGUGGUUAUUCUGGAGGGAGGAAAUUUCAUGUUCCGUUCCGGAAAAUUUCUCUUCUGGUAAGAAUGCAAAUAAUUUUGUUGGCAUUCCUGGCAUUGCUGAUGAUUUCAUUCCUCGGGUAUUUGGCAGGGAUAAUAUGCAUCUUGGCGCAAAGCCCACCAGAUUUUUAGGCCAGGAAGAAUUCGACGGUGUUCAUCGCACAUGGCUGAGCCAGGAAGACGCUGCUCAUGACUCUCUAGAACCAACACCGCAAUUAGUAUUAGCCAGGAUAACUUGA